CUGAAAUUAUUUUUUUAAUUUUGUUACACGUUUUAACUUAUGACAGAUUUCUAUAUCAGUCAUUAUUGAUUUCAAUUGAUACUUAGUUUGUAUUUUUAGUUUUUACUCUAUUAUUAUUAUUUUAUUUUAUUUAACGGUUUUUUUGUUUUUUUGGGGGGGGGUUCAAAAUGGGUUUAAUGGAUACUUUUAAUUAUUAUUAUCAUGACUUGGCAGAUCCACGAAUGAGAGAUCGAUUUCUAUUAAAUAGCAUUUGGUAUCCUAUUGUAAUACUAUCAAUAUAUUUUUUUAUUGUACUAAAAUUGGGACCAGCUUACAUGAAAAAUCGUGCAGCCUACAAAUUAAACACAUUUAUUAAAUGUUUCAAUAUUUUUCAUAUAUUUGCGAAUGCUUACUUGCUGAUAAACAUAAGCUCCUGUUAUCCAUUUCUUAAAGUUUUAGAAUGUCGACCGAUUAUUUACAAUACGGAUCAUUGUGGUAUGCUGAUAGCGAAAUUGACAUACUUUGCAAUAUGGUUAAAACUUAUUGAUCUCACCGAAACUGUUAUUUACAUAUUGCGAAAGAAAAAUAAUCAAGUUUCUAUUUUGCACCUCUAUCAUCAUACAACAACUUUCCUAAUAGUUGUAGUUUUUUCAAAAUAUUUAACAUCUGAUGUUGUAAUGUUGGGUCCAAUUUUGAACGCUUUUGUUCAUGUGAUAAUGUACACUUAUUAUCUUCUUAGUAAUUUUGAAGGACCAAUUAAACAAAAAAUUAUGCCUUUCAAACGUUAUCUGACCCUUUUGCAAAUGGGACAAUUUAUCAUUGUAAUUGCACAAUUUUCAUUGGCUUUAACGUAUAAACACUGUGAAGUUCCAAAAUGGGGUAUCAUUGUAGGAUUAUUAAAUUAUAUUUUCAAUUUCUGUUUGUUCUAUAGUUUUUACAGAAAGACUUACAUUGACACGAAGAAGAAAAAAGUUUAAAAGAGAAUAUUGAUUUUUUUAAAAAUAAUUUUACAUAAUUUAAUUACUGUAUAAAUUUUUGCAUAAAAAAAAAUAAAUGUUUUAAAUAUUUUCUCUUUACAGAAAUAUAAAAAAUUCAUUAUCAAAAGUUAAGUAGUUUACCGUAUUGUUUUUUAGCGGAAAUAAAAUCAGCUGAUUACUUUUGAAUAAAUAAAUAAUAAUGAAUAAAAUGAGA